AUGCUGCCCGCCGAGAGGAGGUACCCGGGGCCCCCGCCGCCUUCUGCCCACCUCCUUGCAGCAGGAGGGAUCCGGGGCAGACCGCAGAGGGCGGUUGCCGGGCAUUGGGCCUCCGGCCCCGCCCCUGCCUCCGGUGUUCCUGAGCCUCCCCCCGGGGGGCCUUCGGACCCCACGCCCCUCCAGGAGGUCUACAAGGCGGGGAAGCUGACGGUGCUGGCCGCGGAGCCCCUUCUCGCCCCGCACCCGGUGCAGGUGGACUUUCACUUCCGCCUGGGUCCGCAGGCGUCCGCCCACUGGCACGGUGUCCUGGGCCACCACCGGCUCUUCCUCGACACCCCACACCUCGCCCUGCACCGUGAGACCCAGGAAAGCCUGACCCAGACCUUGGAGUUCGCUGAGGAGAAGACGGACGUGGAGGCCGUGUUCGUCAACUUCCACGCGGGCCGCAGCGACCGAGCUGCCCUGCUGCGAGCGUUCAGCUACCUGGGAUUUGAGCUGGUGCCGCCGGGCCACCCUGCGCUCCCUCCCUGGGACGAUGCCAUCUUCAUGGUGUACCAGCUGGAUCGAGCGCCCUCUGACUCCACCUCGUCCCGCCCCACCUGACCGACGGGGCCAGGUGGGCUGAAGCUGGGCCUUCCCGCUAUGUUGUCAUUUCCCCCCUCUCCCCAAAUAAAGACGAGAGGAUGGGGGCUGAA